AUGGCACCCAGAGUCAUUGUCGUUGGUGGCGGAUUGGCCGGCUUGAGUGCCGCGCACACCGUCUACCUCAAUGGUGGCAACGUGGCGGUUUUGGAUAAACAAGGAUUUUUUGGAGGAAACUCAACCAAAGCCACAUCCGGAAUCAACGGAGCCCUCACCCGAACGCAAAUCGACGCCAAGAUCCAAGACAGCGUCAAGCAGUUCUACGAUGAUACCCUGAAAUCUGCCAGAGAUAAGGCCAGACCGGACUUGAUCAAGGUUUUGACUUACAAAUCUGCCGCUGCCGUUGAGUGGCUUCAAGAUGUCUUCAAUUUGGAUUUGACCCUCGUUUCCCGUCUUGGUGGUCACUCGCAGCCGAGAACCCACCGAGGGCACGAUGCUAAGUUCCCUGGCAUGGCUAUCACAUACGCCCUGAUGCAACGGCUUGAAGAGCUUGCGGAGGCUGAGCCGGAGCGGGUUCAAAUCUUCAAGAAGGCCCGCGUUACAGGCCUCAACAAAGAUGGUAACAAGAUUACCGGUGUCACAUAUGAGUUCAACGGGGAAUCCGCCUCUCUUGAUGGACCCGUGAUUCUUGCCACGGGUGGAUACGCUGCCGAUUUCAGCGAGACCUCACUUCUCAAGAAAUGGAGGCCGGAUACCUUCCACCUCUCAUCUACCAACGGAGUGCAUGCGACCGGUGAUGGACAAAAAAUGGUCAUGGCCAUCGGUGGCAAUGGUAUCGAUAUGGACAAGGUUCAGGUACACCCUACGGGUCUUGUAGACCCCAAGGAUCCUGGUUCGAAAUGGAAGUUCCUGGCAGCCGAGGCUCUUCGUGGCGAAGGUGGUCUCCUCCUUAACGCAGAUGGCGACCGUUUCUGUGACGAACUCGGCCACCGAGAUUACGUUUCCGGUGAGAUGUGGAAGGAGAAGGACAAGGGAAAAUUCCCAAUCCGUCUCAUUCUCAACUCCAAGGCAUCCAAAGUGCUUGAUUUCCACACUCGUCACUACUCUGGCCGUGGUCUCAUGAAGAAGAUGACUGGAAAGGAGCUCGCAAAGGAGAUCGGCUGCACACCAGAACACCUCCAGAACACUUUCAAGACCUAUAACGAGAUCGCCAGCGGGAAGAAGAAGGAUCCAUUUGGCAAGAAGUUCUUCCACAAUGGACCAGUCGAUAUCAACGAUGAUUUCCACGUUGCCCUCAUGGAGCCUGUUCUCCACUUCACCAUGGGCGGUAUCGAGAUCAAUGACAAGGCACAAAUUCUCAACUCGGAAGGCAAGCCAUUCGAGGGUCUGUACGCUUGUGGUGAACUUGCAGGAGGUGUUCACGGUGCUAACCGUCUCGGUGGCUCCUCUCUCCUUGGUUGCGUGGUUUACGGACGUGUUGCUGGUGACACGGCUAGCAAUUACCUGUUCCAGAAAGCACUUCAAGGCAGCGCUGGUUCAGCUGCACAACGUCUCGGCCAGAUCUCUCUGCACAUCGAUCCAUCACAGCCAGGCAAGGUCUCUGUCGAGUGGGGGAGCCAAGGUGCCGCAACGGGACCUGUCUCGCAACCAGCCCAGCAAACGACAUCAGGUCCCCUCCCCAGCGCGGCAGCUUCCGACUCAGCAAAGGCAUCCUCCAAGCCGGCUCCCUUCUCGAUCCCGGAGAAGGAAUACACACUGGAGGAGAUCGCCAAGCACAACAAGAAGGAAGACCUGUGGGUGGUGGUGAAGGGCGUCGUGCUGGAUCUCACGAACUGGCUUGACGAGCACCCAGGAGGGCCCCAAGCCAUCAUGAACUUCAUGGGACGGGACGCCACGGAGGAGUUUGCGAUGUUGCAUGACGAUGAGGUUAUUCCCAAGUACGCUCCCAGCCAAGUGAUUGGUCGGGUCAAGGGCCAGACGCCUGCUCUCGAGCUGUAGAUAGUGGAUGUAGUAUGAUUGAGCCUUUGUACUGAUAAUAUGAAUCGUUUUGCUCCCAACAGCGUAUCUGAUUUCGCAGUUGAUGCCUGACCUUCCUCGUCUCUGCUUCUCAUGAUAGUAUCAAUGUACAAUUAUUGCGGAAAUGCUUAGAAA